UCUGACUCCGAUCAACAAGUGGCAGCUCACCUUAGCACUCCCAGGUUCAGUUUCCAGUUCCCAGGCUCCACGUUCAGUGUUCAGUUUGCAGUGUGAAAAGUUUUGCUAAAAGUUGCCAAAAGCGCUUGCAGCUGGCUUAAAUUAUAACUGACAUCAGACAAUUUGAGUGCAGAGUGUGCUAUUAUUAAAAAAAGAAGCUAAAUUUUAUUGCAAAAUGUGGUACAUCAAGUGCAGUUGGACUUUGUUGGUUCUGGUGACGCUCUUUGCCUUGGUGACAGGUUCCUGCCUGGAAUAUGGACAUUCUUGUUGGGGAGCUCAUGGCAAGAGAUCCGGAGGCAAGGCAUUAGAGGAUUCUAAGCAGCGACCUGGACCCAACACCUAUGCCCUUGAUGCCCUGGCCGAGCAGCUGUACACCAACAACCAGAACAAUCAGAACCCAGAGGACAACAAUGAUGACAACAGCAACAGUGGUGGGCCCCUGGCAGCAGCUCCCUUAUCGUCAGCUCUGCAAGCUCGUCGGGUCGAGGAGGAACGCAACCGGAUUGGUAACGGCAAUGGCCUAAAGUGGACCCAGUUGCUCCGGCAGCAUCGCUACCAACUAAGGCAAUUGCAGCAGCAACAGGAGCAACAGCAGCAGCUGGGUCGUGGCCGAGGUUCUCCGAGGGGUUACGAUGCCGCUGCCGAGAGCUGGCGGAAGCUGCAGCAGGCUGUGCAGAAUCAGGAUCUGCUUUUAGAGCCCUCAGAGAACGAGGAGCAGCCGGUGUAUGAGCUCAAGAAGUGAACUCCCUAGAACUCUUACGUCAAAUCGAAAAGAUAUUUAUCACAAGAUCACACACGAGAGAUCAUUGCAUGCCGGGCAUCAAUUAAAAAAUUCAAUUCCAAAAAACAAUUAAAGCAAAUACGCGGCGGAAAGUAGAGCAAGUGUAUGUACAUGAAGGCGUUUCGUAGAGUUCGUUGUGGAAAUUUUUUAUUAAACCUCUUCCGAGCGGGUUCUGGUGGAGUCCUCUGGCCAUAUUGCGUCACUGGCUGGAUGCCGCAAUAAUGGCCACCAGAUUGCGUGCGCUCUCUCUCUCUCGGCUAUGGGAGCCCUAACUUAACCAUACUUAAUCCCUAUUACUUAAGCUCCUAAGAUUUACCACUAAUAAAAGCUACAUUGAGUG